AUGUCCGUCCACUCGUCACCGAACGAGGAACUUCACGAUGACCUUAACGAGGAUGCAACAUUCACGCAUGGCGAUAUGUGGCGGAGCGAAGACGAAGACAACGAAGGGGAGGAUGGGGGCGCGAGAGGUGUAAGCAGGGAGACGCAGCGGUGGGCGAUUGAUCACUCCACCGGUCACCAUCGCCUCCAAGCGGCCCGCUUCAUUCAGAGAGUGCUAGCGAAAGACUUCGAGUCCACAGACGCGCUCAAGAUGAUGCAGGAGAAGCACACCAUCGACUUCGGGUCGCGCAGGGCGGGGUGCACCCAGGUGAGGCCGUCAGACGGCUUCUUCCCGCAGUUUUAUCUUGACUUCUUCAGCGUCGUCGGCAAGCCGGGCCGGCCGAUAUCAAGGCACGGCAGCCCGAUCUUCGACAAUAUCACCGUCUCCUUCCAGCGGUGGUCAGCGCCAUACGGCGCGAAGCACGUCAGCAGGAUCCCCUUCGACGUCGCUGGCCGGACGUUCAGGAUUGCGGAGGCAGCCACGCGCGAGACCUGGUUCAUUGUCAUGCACCCUGUGACGGGAGAGGUGUCCGAGCUACCGUCGUUAACCGCAGACGCCCGACGGAGGCGUGAGCAGGCCGGCGAGAAGAGCGGGAUGCCAAUGCCGCUAGCCUGCGAGUUGGCUUCGUACACCACCGGCAUAUUUCAGUCCCCAGCGCUCCUCGGUGAGGGCAUCCAGCGGUCAUGGCGGCCCGGCGGUCAGGAGAGCCAACGAAUCAGCUCGAACCGGUGGAUGUCUUUCCAGGAGGCGUUCAUGGAGGGCUGGGCGGCCUGGUCGGGGCGACACAGCGGUGCCACGUCGUUUUGGGCGAGGCACGAGCCGGCCUUCCACGCCUACGACUACGGGGCCAACAUCGAGAUCGAGGUGAGCGAGGAGCUGUACGACCUGCCGCGGGAGAGGCACUGCGCCAUGGACGACAGUGAGGACGAGGAACACGGGGAAGAAGCAGGAGGAGGCCAGGUAGACGAAGACAACGACAACGAGACGCUCCGGCUCGAAGAGCUGUCCAUGGCUGAUGAUGGGCUCAGGAGGGCAGAGGCGGAGGGAGCGGCGAACGCGAACUGGUGCACGCGCGGCAGUCGUGGCGGCAUCGACAACGCGAGGUACCAGCGGAUAUUCGACGAAUGCGACGGGCUUCGGAAGCUCGUGUCGGAGCUUGAGACGCGGUUCCAGCUGGAAAACAUCACAGCCGUCUCGUACGCGCUAGCCGUCUGCAUCAAUAGCGAUAGAACCACCGAGGCCGACCGUUCGGAGACGCGCUGUCUGCUUGCCGACAGAAACAUGCUUGCGAGGGAGUUUGCGAGCACCCGCGACUACACCUUCUACCCCCAAGCGUUCCACCCGGUGUGCGGAAAUGUGUCAUCCAACUGCCCGCCUAUGUUCCUCAACUCGCUCUUCGCCGCUAUGAAGGGGAACAUGAGCGAUCUGAACGAGGGCGCCGACGUUCUCUCGUUCGGCUACUUCCAGGGAUACUCAAACAUCAAGCGAAGCGUCCGCCACAGCCCUCAUGACUUGUUGGCCACGAAGGGGUAUGCAACAGGGGCGCUGACCGUGCCGACUUCGGGUGCCUGA